CUGACUGCACAGACAGCAGAAGUCAACUGAAGUAUUUCUUCUACAGCUGAUUCGGUCGCCAUCUUGCUCACAACAUAAACAACACCACCGUGUCCCGUUAGCGUUUGGGUGUACCGCUGUUUUUUUUGUUUUUGUUUUUGUUUUUUGUUUUUAGGAAGAAAACAACAAGUUAUCCCGCCGCAGCGCCGAUCCUUUCACAGGAAGAUGAUGUUUGACUUGGCCACCUGAGUCGCCAUCAGUCGAGAUGAGGAUCCACUGCGGAUUUCCUCACCGAGAGGGAGCGGAGGUUUAGAGGGGGGCAGGGAGAGCAGCAGAGGGGCCUUGCUGCUCGUCAGCCCCCGGAGAAAUGGACCAAGAGUACGAAAGACGGCUGCUUAGGCAAAUCAACCACCAGAACCUGCCUGCAGAGGCCCGCCUGACCAAGUGUUUGAGUGCUACCUGCAGUCCUGUCAGUGUGAAGUCAGGUGACCGCUUUAUCCCUACUCGAGCUGGAAGCAACUGGAGCAUCAACUUCCACUAUGCCAAUGAGAACUGCCGCUCUCCCAGUCAGAACCAUAAAGCAAAGGAUGCCACUUCAGACUCAAGCAAAGACGCUGUGGCCUAUGCUGCCCUGUUGAGGAACGAGCUGCUCGGGGCCGGGAUAGAGACGGUGCCAGACCCUCACACAGAAGACCGGAGGCACGCGGUCCUCUCGCAAGACUCUCACAGUCUUUUUAGGUACACUGUCCACACUAAGAGAGUGCCUUUCGAUAGCGACAGUGAAGUCUCACCAUACUCCCUUUCUCCCCUUAGUAACAAGAGUCACAAGCUGCUCCGCUCACCCCGCAAACCAGCCCGAAAGAUCUCCAAGAUUCCCUUCAAAGUGCUGGAUGCUCCGGAGUUGCAGGAUGACUUCUACCUCAACCUGGUGGACUGGUCAGCGGGCAACCUGCUGAGUGUCGGCCUGGGAGCCUGCGUCUACCUGUGGAGUGCCUGCACUAGCCAGGUGACAAGGUUAUGCGACCUUUCAGUGGAUGGAGACUCUGUUACAUCGGUGUGCUGGAAUGAGAGGGGGAGUCUGGUCGCUGUUGGGACCCACAAAGGUUACGUUCAGGUCUGGGACGCAGCAGGAGGGAGGAAGCUGACAAGUUUGGAGGGCCACUCAGCCAGAGUAGGUGCCCUGGCGUGGAAUGGGGAGCAGCUGUCUUCUGGCAGUCGAGACAGAGUGAUCCUACAGCGGGAUGUCAGAACACCACCGUCUGCUGAGAGAAGGCUGCAAGGUCACAGACAGGAAGUGUGCGGUCUCAAAUGGUCUCCUGAUCACCAGCACCUUGCGUCUGGAGGCAACGACAAUAAGUUACUGGUGUGGAACAGCUCCAGCCUUCUUCCUGUGCAGCAGUACAGUGACCACCUGGCAGCAGUGAAGGCCAUCGCCUGGUCCCCACACCAGCACGGGCUGCUGGCGUCAGGCGGCGGCACGGCCGACCGCUGCCUGCGUUUCUGGAACACGCUGACGGGUCAGGCUCUACAGAGCACAGACACCGGCUCCCAGGUCUGCAACCUGGCCUGGUCCAAACAUGCCAACGAACUGGUGAGCACACACGGCUACUCUCAGAACCAGAUCCUGGUGUGGAAGUAUCCAUCGCUUACACAGGUGGCCAAGUUGACCGGGCACUCCUACAGAGUCCUGUAUUUGGCUGUGUCACCAGACGGGGAGGCCAUCGUUACAGGUGCUGGUGACGAGACACUACGUUUCUGGAACGUCUUCAGUAAGACGCGCUGUACCAAGGAGUCAAAGUCAGUACUUAACCUCUUCACAAGAAUACGGUAGUAAACGGCCCCGGGUCGGCACUGCCCUCAGAAGAAGCCUACUGGGCUGUGGUUGAAAUGCACAGAGUCAACCGACGACACUCAGACUAGCUUCUCUGCACAAACUCUUAGUGCACCAACCUCCACUGCGACAGCAAAAAUCCACGUUUUUCUAUAAGAGGAUGGAGCCAAAACUUCCACAGACAACUGCCAUCCCUCACAGUGAUGUCACUGAUUCUAAAAAAAUAACACACACACACACACAUAAAAAAGAAACCAAGCAGUCUUUUGUCACAACUCAUUGUCUGCUUCUAAAGUUGGUCUUGUUCUUUUUUUCUUUCUAUUGUGGAAGUGAUUAAGUUGUUUUCUUAUCUAUCAGCAGAAGUACACCUGUGCAAGAGUUCUAAGCUAUGUAAUGUAACGUGACAUUUUUAAAAGGCUCUCCUUCCUAACAGAGAGAAGAAAAAUCCUGGCCGGGGUGGGUGGGUUUCUAUAUUUUGAUAAUGUGUGAAUGUGAUCUACAGCAGUAUGCAAUAGAAAUAAGUGAACAAACACCCGGUUGAUCACGCAGCUGCAACAGAUUUCCUUUUGUUUAUUGUUGUUUUGUCAGUCGUCACAGAGAUGAAGCACAUGUACGGAACCUUGUGCAUUCCUGCAUAUAGAUACAAAAAUGCCAACCUGACUCUUAUUUCAUUUUAUCCCGCUUUAGAUAUUUUAUUAAAAAACAUGUUGCACAGAGA